CCUCCAGUCAGUCCAGUGCCCGACGUAGGAGAGCAGAUUUUUCUGGUAUUCCACGCGAAUUGUGGACUGUUUGAAAUCGGAAGUUGUAGAAAAAAUGGCAGCCCGCCGUGUUACUAAAUCCUCCAUUGACUGGGCCGCCUUCAACGCCCGCAUCCCGCCGACGCAGCAGGCGCAGGCCAAAGCCUUCAAAGCGCGUCAUGAUGCCUAUCUGAGCAAAGUUAUGGCGCAUCCCGAAUCCCAACCCGCCAUCGAUUGGGGAUAUUAUGCAUCGCGGAUACCGAAUACGCAGUUAGUCGAGGAGAUGAAACGUUCGUAUGAGGCUUUAAAAGUGCCAUUUCCGGCCGAUACGCGAACAAAGGAGAUCGAUCAACAGGAACAGGAAACAAUUAAGGCUGUUCAAGAAUUUGUUAAGGAGUCUGAGGAGCGCGUGGCUGAUCAUAAACAGCAGUUGCGUCGUUGGGAGGAGAUUGUGCCGAUUCAUCUGAUGACGGAGGAGGAGUAUGUGCUGAGCUUCCCCGAGCACUCCUUUGGGCUGGAUCAGAAGCGCUACCAGACCAUGUGGCCGCACAACUACAAUCCCCGCUUCGGUAUCCCCUACGAGGUCGGCAGCGGCACCUGGAAUAUUGGUCCGAAGUCGCACUUGGAGAAGAAGUUCGACAUUAACGACAACCACCAUUAAGCAUUUGUCGGUUUGAUUUUAUUUGAACGGGUGUGUGUCAGCAUUUAAUGGAUGGAACAGGAUAUAAAUAGGAAUUAAAUUAAUGCGGUUCCCUGUCGGUGUGUUUGUGUUUUAUUUGUGUAGGUGUUUUUGGCAGUGUUGGGUCAAUGAGACGCUCUGUGAUGAGAUGGAGGUUGUCGCGAUUGACUGGAAAUAAAUACUGAGAAACUGAGAA